AUGGUUAAAAGGGCUAGGAAAAAUUCAAAGAACAAGGCAGCAGUUGGUACUAAAGGUAAUAUAUCACAGCAGAAGGGCAUAGGGAUAAAGAAAGGCUCCUGCUCUGUAGGCGGCCUUAGCAAACAAAGAAGCAUGGUUGGAAGGCUUGGUUUUCAAAGAGGGGCACUAUUCAGAGCUUCAGCAGUAGCAGCUGCAGCUGCUACUUCUUUGUCUUCGUCUCAGAGUCAUGCAACACAAAGGAGGAAAAAUUUAAUGGAGGAAGCACAAUCAACAGUGAAGAUUGGAAAACUGUUGGGUUUGCAAUGUCAAGGUAAAGAGGAUGAGCUAGUCAACAAGAUAGUGGAACUUGAAGAAAGUGAUUUACAAGGAAUUGCAGACCAUUCUCCAAUUUUGUUGAAGGAAGAUGAUAGGGAUCGGGGUCCUAAGCCAUUCAAAUUCAUUAAUGCUUGGACACCGUAUCCUAUAUUCUUGACUGAAAUCAAGCACAUUUGGGAGGUCACACAGGUUUCAGGAUGGGCAGGGUAUAGAUUAAUGAGGAAGCUAUCCUCCUUACGGGGUCACUUAAGGGUGUGGAAUAGGGAGGUGUUUGGUAAUAUUGAUACUAUGUUGAGGUCAGUAGAACAAGAACUACAUGAAUGGGAUUUGAAGGCAGAAAUUAGAUCUCUGGAUGUGCUGGAAACAACAAGAAUGAGAGAGGUUAGAAGUCAGGUAUGGAAGCUUAGUAGGGAUAAGGAAAGAACAUGGCAUCAAAAGUCUAGAUUGCUGUGGGUUAGGUGUGGUGACAGAAAUACUAGAUUUUUCCAUCUUAUGGCAAGUAGUAGGCAAAGAGUGAACUUGAUAGAUUUUGUGACAGUGGGGGGAGUGAGACAUGAGGAUCCAACUCAGGUGAAACAAGCAGUGCUUAGUCAUUUCAGAAACCAUUUUGCUGAAAGUUGGACUUCUAGGCCACAAAUUUUUGGACCUUUUGUUACAAUUUCUCCGGAGGCAGCAGUGGGUUUAGAAGAAAUGUUUACUGAAGAAGAGAUUUGGGCAGCUAUUCAGGAUUGUGAUGGGAACAAGGCUCCUGGGCCAGAUGGUUUUAACUUGGCUUGCAUUAAAAAAUGUUGCGAAAUAAUGAAAGGUGAUAUAUUGAUGUAUGAGUUUCACACAAAUGGGAAGCUGGCAAGGGGUGUUAACAGCUCUUUCAUGGUGCUCAUACCCAAGAAGGACAAUCCCAUAGGCUUGGGGGACUAUAGACCCAUCAGCUUGGUUACCUCAGUGUACAAGAUUUUGGCCAAGGUGCUAUCUAGAAGAUUAAAAAAGGUCCUUCCCUCUGUGAUAGAUAAAGUGCAGUCGGCUUUUGUUAGUGGUAGAUAUAUCUUAGAUGGGGUGUUGAUAGCAAAUGAAGUUGUGGAUUGGUAG